CCUCGAUGUGCUGUGGGUACAAAUAACAGUUAAGAAAAGGCCCUUGUAUUUAUUUGGCAAAUGUUUCAGUUUAUUUCCGAAAAGAUACGUUACAUAUCACAAAUGCCAUCAGAUGUUGACAGUUUCUAUACAUUCAACCCCUACGGCUCAUACCACUCUGUUGAUGAGUUCAAUUUCGCACAUUUCCAAUAGUCCAUGAACGCAGCUUAUCCCUUGACUGGUAACCAGCAUGGAAAGAAAAGUACUGGCAAUGCAAGCAAGGAAGAAGAGGACAAAGCAAAGGAAACCUGGCAAAAAACCAGAGCCUCAUGGUCGUGGAGGUGGCUCUCAGCCGGGUCAGGCAGACUCUCCCCUCCCAGAGCAGGAUGAGGAGAUCCUAGGCUCUGAUGAUGACGAGCAGGAGGACCCCAAUGACUACUGCAAGGGUGGAUAUCACCAUGUGAAAAUUGGAGAUCUGUUCAACGGGAGAUACCAUGUGAUCCGUAAGCUGGGCUGGGGCCACUUCUCAACUGUGUGGUUGGCCUGGGACAUCCAGGAGAAGCGGUUUGUGGCCAUGAAGGUUGUAAAAAGUGCUGAGCAUUACACAGAGACGGCUCUGGAUGAGAUCAAGCUGCUCAAAUCUGUGAGAAACACAGAUCCCAGUGACCCCAGCAGAGAGAAAGUGGUGCAGCUUUUAGACGACUUCAAAAUUUCUGGCAUGAAUGGCACUCAUGUGUGCAUGGUAUUUGAGGUGCUUGGAUAUCACCUACUGAAGUGGAUCAUCAAAUCAAAUUAUCAAGGCCUGCCCCUGCCCUGUGUUAAAAGCAUAAUUCAACAGGUUCUGCACGGUUUAGACUACCUCCACACCAAGUGUAAGAUCAUCCACACAGACAUCAAACCCGAGAACAUUCUGCUGACUGUCAACGAGCCCUACGUAAAGAAAAUGGCUGCUGAAGCUACGCAGUGGCAGAAGACCGGCGCAGCACCUCCCUCGGGCUCUGCAGUGAGUACAGCCCCACCACCCAAACCAACGGCCAAAAUGUCAAAGAACAAAAAGAAGAAGAUGAAGAAGAAGCAAAAGAAGCAGGCAGAGCUGCUGGAGAAGAGGAUCCAGGAAAUGGAGGGAGGAGCAACACCUGAAGGAGGUGAAGACGAAGAAGAUGAAGAAACGACAACAGAAACCACUGAGGAUACUUCCUCCUCAGCCACCCUGUCCAUGUCUGCCACAGUGCAAGACAUCACUAACCAUACAGUCACAGACACGACUCCCGACGAGCAGCCCCAGCAGGUGCCAGAAGGAAAUGAACAAAGACGGAAUGUGGCAGAGGAGGAGAACAGGAUGGAAGUAAACUACAACGGCCAGGCUUCCACACUGGAGAGUGAGGCCAGCCCGGAGAGCCAGGUACAUGGGACCAAGCAGUCAACAGAAGAGCAGGAGGACCAACAGAAUGCAAACCAACCAAAAAACAACACAGAGACCCACGACAUAUUAAAUAACAAAGAAGAGCAUCAGACCUGUAACGGUUCAUCUGGGGACGCAGACACCGACCUACAGCAGCUCCCUGCCUCCCUCAGCCCAGACUCUGUCACUGUAGAGCUAAAGGAGGGAGAUAGGGAGGAGAAAAAGGAGGAGAUGGACCCUCAAGGGGAGACCAAAAGAGGGGAUGAGGAAGACGGCAGCCAGAAUGGAGCAUCAGGCAAUAUGUUAGUAAACCCCCUGGAGCCUCUCAAUGCUGACAAGCUGCAGGUUAAAAUCGCUGACCUUGGCAACGCCUGCUGGGUGCAUAAACAUUUCACAGAUGACAUCCAAACAAGGCAGUAUCGUUCUCUUGAGGUGCUGAUGGGAGCCGGCUAUGGCACGCCAGCAGACGUCUGGAGCACAGCCUGCAUGGCCUUUGAACUUGCUACUGGAGAUUAUCUGUUUGAGCCCCACUCUGGAGAAGACUACUCCAGAGAUGAAGACCACAUAGCCCUGAUCAUUGAGCUGCUUGGUAAAGUUCCUCGGAAGCUGAUCUUGGCAGGAAAAUACUCCAAGGAGUUUUUUACCAAGAAAGGUGACCUGCGUCACAUCACCAAGCUGAAGCCGUGGGGUCUGUUUGACGUCUUGGUAGAAAAGUACGAGUGGUCCAAAGAGGAGGCCCACUCCUUCAGCAGCUUCCUCCUGCCCAUGCUGGACCUGGUGCCUGAAAGGAGGGCUACAGCGGCCCAGUGCCUCUCCCACCCAUGGCUCACAUCUUAGAGGCAACUUGUGCAUACUGCCACCCUCACAUUGUGAAAGGGGGAUACAUUAGGUUUGAAGAUCCUGGGCUUGAAAACGUACAGUAACCAAACACAUUCAUGUCUGCAAGAGCCUGUGACUGCAUCGUGCCUGCAUCCUCCUGUCGUGGCUCUCUGAGGCUACCUACACACACUUGCAAACAUCACAACAGUAAAAAGAGAGACUGCUGCUGAGUCUUUGUCCCAUUAUGGAUUACACUGGUUAUAGAAGGAACUCGAGGUCUUCUUCAUAAAUGUCUGGCUCUUUUUUUUUUCUACUUGGUGCAUAGGACUCACUGACUUUGCUUUCUCUUUUUUCCCACUGACUCCAGCUCUUUCUCUGCAGCACACUGUUUUCUGUACUUUUAGCUCUCGAUAAUAUGGACACUGUUGGAUAGAAAAGGAAAUUGAACUUGUAUGCAAAUGCAGAACAAGGCAAGAUGUUAACAGAAACAUGAAGAUUGCCAUCACAACCACAUACUGUUAUCAUUUCGAUCCUUGAUUAGCCAGACCCGUGUCUGUUUGCCAGUCGUCGUGUUCGCUGUGCCAACUUUUAUGCCUUUGGCUGUCAACUGUGUGCAAAGUGCUCAGAGUUCAUUUUGAUAUUUUUUUUUUUCUCAGGAGAACAAAACUCUGUAAUCUCAGAUUUUUCUUGUUACAAGUAUUAUUUUUAAUUUCAGCAUUGUUUGAUGUUGUCUUGAAAAAAGCACUUGGUACAAUAUAAUGUGAACAAAAUUUCAGAUUCCUUUACUUCAUGCACGAGUUGGCAAAAGACAGUUUACCAAAUCCUGCUUCAUACCUGGGUUACUUUUUACCUGUUAAAAAUUUCUUCAGAGACCAUUGUGCAUAUUAACAGUCAAACUAUAUGUGAAUCCACAUCCUGUGUGCACAGUACAGUGUACCAAAGAGUCGGCCUUUAAUAUCUCCAUCUCUGAAGCGUUUCGCUUUGCACAGUUUCUGGAAGAGACUGUCAGCAUUGAAGAUUGAAGGCAGAAGCUAUAAGGUUUGAGCAUUUUCUCUGUUUUUUACACUUUUUAGAAAUGUCUUGAAGACUGAUCAGGUGACUUCCAGCUGUAUGAAAAUUUAGUUUCAAGUGUUUCCACUGCACCUGGAGGUGUUGGUUCGGAAAUAAUAGAUUGUACUAAAUAUAGAUGCUGUAAUAAUGCUUUGAAUCCCCUCAAAACCAUUUUGCUUAUUUUUCUACAAAAUCUCUUCUGCCCAUGUCUCCCCUCUUCAUUUGGUUGCCAUUUUUUUCUGUAGGUAAUAAUAAGAAUAAAAUUUUUU